AUGGAGAAACGCAAGGUACCCGUCAGAAAGGACGGGAGGGUAAUAGUCCACUUUGACUACGACUGCUUCUACGCCGCAGUCUUCGAAGCCAAAACACCCUCCCUCAAGAGUCUACCCUUCGCCGUACAGCAGAAGCACAUCAUUGUGACCUGCAACUAUGAAGCCCGCCGACGCGGAUUGCACAAGCUGCAGCUCAUUAAAGAUGCCAGGCGUAUAUGUCCGGAUGUGAUUAUUGAGCUGGGAGAGGAUAUCAGCCAGUUCCGGGAUGCUAGCAAAGAGUUGUACAACUUCAUCAAGGACUACUCGUGGAAUGGCAAGGUCGAGAGGCUUGGGUUUGAUGAGGUGUGGAUGGAUGUCAGUGACAUGAUCGAUUACAACAUCGGCACAAUCAACCGGAACGACCUGGAGCGUUCAUUCUUCCAGAUGGUCAAGGAUGAUCCUACCGUUGGGUUCGAGUUCGACGCUACUUCCAUCGCCGGCCAUGCAUAUCCAAAGGACUUUGCUGCGGGCUCAGACAGAAGCAUUGGAGAUGAUGAGCUCUUACUACGACUAUGCCUAGGCAGUCAUUUAGCACUCUACAUGCGGCACCAGCUGGAACAACACAAAGGCUAUACGUCAACAGUCGGCAUUGCCACCAACAAGGUGCUGUCGAAGCUCGUCGGCAACAUGAACAAGCCGAAAGGUCAGACGACUCUGAUGCCAGGAGGUGGUUCUAAUGGCUUGGAGAGCAACGCCAUGUCCUUCAUGGACGGCCAUGAGGUCGGCAAAGUUCCUCGUAUAGGCUGCAGAAUCGCACAACGACUCCGUGAUUUCGUCCUGGAACCACAGACCAGAAGUGAAACUGCCGACUUUGCCGUUAAGGAAGCCGUGACCGUUGCGCAAGUUCGUCAACACCCGGGCAUAGACUACGAGAAGUUGGAAAAGCUUCUUGCUGGACCAGGCUCUCACCGUGGCAUUGGGUUCACGAUAUGGUGUCUUCUUCAUGGUGUCGACGACUCGGAGGUCAGCCAAGCUCGCGCAGUGCCUCGACAGAUCAGUAUUGAGGACAGCUACGUCCGUCUGGACACCAUGCCGGAGCUGGUGAAGGAGAUGACCGCCCUGGGACGGAGUCUGAUCACACGAAUGCGCAUCGAUCUGUUAUCGCACGACGACGAGCCUGACGAACCUUCGGAUGAGCCAAGCGAUGACAAAGUCCGUUCAAAUUCUUCGCUUGCCGGCAUGAAGUGGCUGGCUCACCCCAAGACACUCCGCCUCACCACCCGGCCCAGGCUGCCACUGCUCGCAGACGGGACGAGGCAGCGUACCAUGAAGCGCAUCUCGCACUCCUGCCCCUUGCCAAAUUUCGUCUUCCUGCUGAGCGAAGGCGUGGACGUGCUUGCCGAGAAGCUUGUCAAAGAGUGCCUCGUUAGCAUGUUCCGCAAGCUUCAUCCAGAGAAGACAUGGUGGAGCCUGAGCUUGGUCAACCUCGCCGUGACGAACAUGGCGGAGACUGCGAGCGACAGCAAAUCUGCCAGUGGCCGAGACAUAGGUAAUAUGUUCAAGCGGCAGGAAGAUGUGCUGAAGGAUUUUCGGGUUACUGAGGUCUCCCAAGAUGACGCGGAUGGUGCUGGCGCCGUGGGUAAUGGUGGCGAAGAAGUCGUUGACACAGGGGACGAUCAGGAGCUGGGUUUGAAUAUGCCAAAGGAUGAAAACGAAGAAGAAGAGGAAGACGGAUGGGUUGAUGAAGAUGGCAUGGACGCUGCUAUGGACUUUUGUGACAUCUGCAGCUCUGCCAUACCCUCCUUUGCCAUGGUAGCUCACCGCCGCUUCCAUGAGCCGGCAAUGUCAUAG